AUUAUGAAUUUUCUUUGAGGCUGGAGGACCCGAAGCUUCUGUAUCUUUAAUAGUGAGGAGAGAGAUGGGAGAGGCUGCGCGUCCACGGUUUCCUUUUCUCGCUCCGCGGCGUCGUGAACGCGCAGUGGAUCUCACACUCCAUCGAGAGGAAAAAAGCGCCGUCGGACUGCAACCGCGACUCACCGGGCAAAAAAUGUUCCCAACACCGCCAUUCAUCAACGCUGUCGAUGUCUGCAAAAAGUUAUGUUAGAGGAUCCACAACAUAUGAAGACUCGAGUUUUUUCCACCAUUAAACUUGUUUCAGAGGAUUGUAAGAACUCCAAGAGUAAUUGAUAAGACCCAGGAAUUGGAAGUUAACAUUGGACAGGUGCAGAAAAUGGCGAGACGUCUCCUGCAGUUCUUUGCCUUGUGGACUACUGUCAUAAGCGUUGGGCAGUGCUGUCCGCAGCUCUGCAGCUGCCAGGAUAAAUUUGCCCAUCAGUUUGCUGACUGUGCUUACAAAGACCUACUGGUGGUACCUGUGGGUCUCCCCUCCAAUGUUACCACCGUGAGCCUUUCUGCCAAUAAGAUCAAAUUACUGAAAAGUAAAACCUUCAUCAAUAUCACACAAGUCACCUCUCUCUGGCUGGCCCACAAUGAGAUUGUUACCAUUGAGUCGGACACCUUGGCCCCUCUGAUCCAGCUCCGUAACCUGGACAUUAGCCACAACAAAAUUGUGAACUUUCCAUGGGAGGAUCUGCGCAACCUCACGGCCCUGCAACUUCUGAAAAUGAACAACAAUGAGAUGGUGAACCUUCCAAAGGAUGCCUUUUCCACUCUUAAAGACCUGCGGUCACUGCGCAUCAACCACAACAAGUUUACCACCAUCGUGCAAGGUACCUUCAACGCUCUCGCCUCCAUGUCGCACCUUCAGAUUUUCAACAACCCUUUCACGUGCUCCUGCAACCUGGAGUGGCUGAGGGAUUGGAUUGCAACAACUAAGAUUUCUAUCCCUGAGCCAAAAUCAAUUUUAUGUGAGGCCCCUGAACACCUGAAGGGUUCAAUGGUUACAAAUAUUCCCAAACUGGACUGUGAGAGCCCUUCUGUCAAAAUAACAUACCAGCCCAACAUUGAGAACACAGAGCUCUAUGAGGGUUACAUGGUCAUGUUAAAUUGUGAGAUAACAGGGAGCCCAAAACCGCAGGUCAGCUGGGAGGUGACUGCAGGAAAUCAAAAUUAUCUGUUCCCCUUGCCCGCUGCCGGAGAGAUAAAUGAUCUGCCAAUUAAUGAUAAAACAACCAACAAUCGAUUCCUUGUCUUUAGAAAUGGCAGUCUCAUCAUCCCGCGGAUGAGUAAAAAGGAAGAUGGAAAUUAUAGCUGCUCUGCAGUGAAUGAUGUAGGUAAGGCGGAGAGAAGUGUUAAAGUGGUUAUGGCAGGGACCCAAAAACAUGCCAUUGACUCAAAGAUUGAUUCUACUGAGAAGAUUCGUCCAUCUGUUAAAAAGCCUACAGGCCCCAACAGCGUGAUCACUGGGAUCAAGCCUGCAGAAAAGACAAAGGGCAGUCCUGAAGGUUCACCAGACAAGAAUGACGGCACUGGGGAGGUUGGUGGCGUUUCAAAGGGCCCCACCUUUGCGAGCAAGUGCGGCGUGAGAGACAGCAGUGAAUACAUCUCUAAUCAUGCCUUCAACCUGAGCUUGGAUGACCUGAAGCAGUACACUUUUGAUUUUGGAGUUAUUGCGUUAGAGGUGUCAGAGACGGAGGCAAAAGUACAGCUGAAUCCACUGCAGCUUCCCAGUAGCAAAUCUAACCUCCAUCUCAGUCAUACUGAAAACCAGGAAACCGUCAAUAAAGAGCCUUUGGGUCUGCUCCCAUCCUCAUCCAGUAAACAAUCCCUAGACAUGCUCUACCUCUGUGUAAAUACAGGUAACGGACACUCCAUGGUGCAGUGGUCCAACAUAGAGGAGGGGGUUAAUGCCUACCGCUUCCACGGUUUACAGCCUGGCACCAAUUACACACUUUGUCUCACCUAUGGGGGGCAGGACUGCCAAGUGCAAGUAGUCUUCACAACUAGGAAGAAGAUCCCCUCUCUUCUUAUCAUUGUAGUUGUGAGCAUUUUCUUAUUGGGUCUGGCUACUGUUCCCUUACUGGGUGCCACCUGCUGCCAUUUAUUAUACAAAUACCAAGGGAAGACCUACAAGUUGAUCAUGAGGGCUCAGAAUCCGGAUCAGAUGGAGAAACAAAUGGCUGGAGAUUUUGAUCACAGGGCGUCUUUUGUGGAGUCAGAGAAAACCUUCAACAACAGCGAGUUAGGAGAGGGGGAGGUGGAAGGGGCCGAGGGAGAGGAAGGAGACGUAGAAGGAGAGACUGAAGGGAGCGUGGUGACAGAGUCCAUCCCGGGAUCCUCGUCCAAAACCAACCAGGAGGAGUUUGAAGUGGGCUCGGAGUACAGCGACAGGUUACCGCUGGGAGCAGAGGCAGUCAACAUCUCGGAGGAGAUUAACGGCAACUACAAGCAGCCAAGCCGCUGAGCUCCGCUGAUGUCUGCGUGUGUAUUGUAAAAUAUUUUACUUUCAAGUAGCCUACAUCCAAGCAGGUAACUCACCCAUCAUUACUACACGUGAAAAAACGAAGGCUUCUGAUAUUUAAAAAAAAAAAAAAAAAGUGGAUCUUUUCAUUUUUUUUUUCUUUUUUUACCUCAGAAAGUUCUCCGUCAAUCACCUGAGAUUGUGAAUUGAUCCAUGUGGCAUUGUAGUCUACUGUAAGGUUAAAAUAAGCAACAUGACGUUUACGGUGCAAGCACAACUUUCUACUGUUUUAUCAGACCUCAAAACUGACAGGAAAACGGUAAAAAAAAAAAAAAA